AUGAAGUAUAUAGCAGAGGUGCGUUUAAAGGGCUCUACGUUCGUGAUCAUACGACAAACGCUACGAGAGCUCUCCGGACAGCAUGGCUGUCACUGCCAAGCUACCAUUUCAAACGCAAUAAUUAGAGCCGUUGAGAAUAAGCUUCGGAAAAUGCCACUUGAGCCUCACAACAACAACGCGAUGCAUGUGAGUUCCAGAAGCUUUCUGCUAGAAGGGCAAGGAUCGAUUGAAAUCAGUUCGACGCCAACCGAAGCCCAAGCUAGCAUCGUUAGAAGCCUAAUCAAAGUGGUGCUACACCAGAUAGGUACCUCGGGACGCUACAAUUUGACUGAAGGCCAAGAAAACUUGUUAGUGUCAUUAUGUGUCGAAAGCUUGCAAAUCGAGCCAGUUGCGCAAAAGAUGUCAUUCCAGCAAGCAUGUAAGUCGACUGCCAAAGAAGUUUUAAAUGUUUUUGAGUCGCCAGACUCGAGUAUUAUGAAAGCUGGCGAAAAAAGUAGCCUGUUGACGCGUAAAACAUUUUUCAUUAACUGCUACUGCUGUUUGGAAGACUAUGCUGCAAAACCAGACUUUUCGAAUAUAUCCGAAGAGUUCGACAAAAUUGAUAUUCAAGACGUGGAAGAUUGUGCUGAUGACGAUGAAACGCUGGUUGCAGCACAUCCGUUACUAUCUGGCAUCUCCAUUUCUCAGGAUACUCUAGCACAGAGUAAAAUCCAUCUACUGCCAUCGUCCGACUACGAAGGGCUAUGGGAGUCUCUCCAAUUUGACGACAAUAUCAAACAAAGGCUGUUUUCAUACGCAACAAUAUCUCUCAAGCUAUCGAGAUUCUCUCAGCAGAGGGUAUCACAAGCACUUGUGUCUAACAACAAAAUCCUACUGGUACAUGGCCCACCCGGGACCGGAAAAACUACCGUUUGUAAGGCUCUGUGUCAAAAAUUGGCUAUUCGUUUUAAUAAUCAAUCGCACAAAGUUUUUCAGUCAGACGAUUACCAGGCCAUAAUGAUUGAACUGUCGUGCUCUCGCAUCUUUUCGAGGUGGUUUGGAGAAUCGGCCAAAAAUCUCGACAAGAUAUUUCAAGACGUUGAGAAUCUUUUGACAAAUGUUUCCAACAAAGACAGGUUUGUGUGUUUGCUAAUGGACGAGGUGGAAACAUUGGCCUCAUCGAGAUCAUCUCUCAUGAACAAGAACGAGACGACAGAUGGUAUUCGGGUAGUGAACACCUUGCUCACCAAGCUGGACAGCCUGAAAAAAUACCACAACCUACUUAUACUAGCAACAUCAAAUUUGGUCAGUUCAUUAGAUGAGGCGUUCUUGGAUCGUGCUGACGGGGUGUUUUACGCAGGGAACCCUUCUGAAAACGGCACAAGCAUGAUAUUGUCGUCCACAAUUAGCGAGUUGAUUAAGACUGGUGUUAUAUCUUGCAAAGAGGGCAUCUCAAUUCUGGAGGACACUGAUGUACAAGAAUCAGUUCGGCAUAUAGCUCGAAGAUGCGUGGACGCCGGUGUCAGUGGCAGAACACUCCGUAAACUACCACUUAUAAGCCUAUCGGAGCAACUAUCAUCACUUCCAGUAACAAUCAGAGAUUUCAUGCUUGCGUUGGCGUUUACUGUGAAGCAGAAAGCUCAUCAAACUCAAGACUCGAUCAGCGGUCGACGAACUGAUGCUUAG